AACAAGUGAUUUUGUUUCCUCGAUUCCCUGGUAUGUUUACUACAUUACUGCAUCUUUCACUACCAACGAAGAAGACGCUCUUCCUCUCAGUUUCUUCCAGCUGUCUCCCGAGUGCUCUUCUUUCCUCUAGCGGCGAUAAUGCUGUAUUGCACCGAACACUUCAGAUCUGGCACUGUUUUACUCCAUUUCUCACAGGACCAUUGUGCACUUUGACCCAGAGGAUAUCCUGUGCCUUCUCAGCAGUUGGAGCGUAAGCGCACUAAAGCCAACACAAGACAAAAGAACUUUCGAGCUUUGUGCACUUUUAUCGAGAUACACAGAGAUUAAAGCAUCCUACGAAUUAGAUAAAAGACAUACUGGAGUCAUCAAUUUACAGGCUUAACAAUGAUGGAAGAGGUAAAAGAAGUGGUCUCUACUCUGAGUGUCCAUGGUCCUAACAUCAAGGUUACAGAGGUGUUGAAAGACGGGGACACACUUACCUUCCUAGUUGUAUCUCAAAAGCUGUCUGGGACAGGGGAGUACCAUGUGGGCCGGACCUAUGAGGAUUUUGAAUGGCUGCAACAGCACCUGUUCUCUCAGGAGGAUGAGCCCGGGAUACAGGGAGUCAUCUUUCCUUCUCUUCCUGCAAAGGCUCAGGUGAAUGCAUCUCCCAAGGUUAUGAAACAGCUUGGUUUCCUUGGUUUAGGAGAGUGGCUGCUGUACUGUAAAGCGCUGGAAAGCUUCCUCCAGCAGAUUGCUGCACACAGCAUACUCAGCAGAAAUAAAGCUGUGGAGAUCUUCCUGACUAGCUCAGAUCCUCCAGGCAGACAGAGAGUAAGGAAAAACAUUUUCAACCGGCUGAGUCAAGCUGUGGAAGAACGGAGGAAAGAAGGCCACAAGGAUGUGGAUGAGUUCUUUCAGACUGAACGCCAUCAGAACCUCGUUCUAACCGGCUGUACCCGGACUGCAGCCGAGGUGAGCCAGCCACCUCAUGGUUUUGUUGUGUCCUCCUCCCGGUUUUCUUCUCUCACACAACUACACACAUUGUCUUGUGUGAUUUUUGCACUUUUGUUUUUCUUGCAGAAAUUCCUAGAUGUGGUGCAAUCUGAGCAAAAAAUAGCAGUGGCCUAUGGGCACUUCUCAGCUUCUCUGCAUCUCUGUGUGGAACCAGGGGAGGAUCCUGACAAACAGGCUUUCUCUAAUGCUUGUAUGAAACUAUCAAAAGUCUUUGAUUCUAUGAAGAAAAACAUGACAAGUGUUGCUGAGAACAACAUGAACACUCUUGGGCUCGGCCUGGACCUGGAGUCACGCUGCCAGGAGGCAGAAAAGGAGAUGCUCUUCAGGAGAACCUGUAAACUAGUGGAGUUAGAGACUGCCAGAAGGAAUGCAGAGAAGGCCAAACCUUUAAAGAAGGCUGCUAUGGAGGAGGCAAAGAAGGCGCUGGAGACAGAGUUUGAUCACAUUUGUGGAGUGGCCAAGCAGGAGGUUGCUCGGUUCCAGGCUGCACGUGUGGAGAUGCUGCAGCAGGCUCUGGUUCAGUGGUGUGAAAAGCAGCUUCUUACAGCCAAAGAAAGUGCUGACCAGUUUAACCAGCACCUGCAAGCCUUCAGGGGGAUGGCCUAGUGAAGCCGCUCUUAGUGAAGCAUCCUCAGUAUGUCUAAACAUAGCAUGGGAUAACCCAAACAUGUCCUUUAGGCUGUUGAGCUGUGGUCUGAUGCUUCAAUGGAUUCAUUACAUCAAGUGUAAAUAAGGAAAUGCAAGUGAAAAAGAAAGGGGAACCUUAUUGAUCAUCAAACCACCCUAUACUGUGGACACUCCCUCACUCCUUCUUCAAUCACACUCCACAAAUAAAGCUUCUGUAGAAAUGAUGGUUUUGAUUUUUUAGCAGUGGUCUUGUAGUCGGGUGAGGCUAUUGUGUUUGCGUUUGUGUGUGUGUGUGUUUGUUUGUUCUAUUCUCCACGCAUACGUUUGUGCUGAGAGUGUAUUGUGCAGCUCUGCAGCCUCCACAUCAGUCGGGGUCACACAAAAUAAAGUGUGAUGAAUUGAUUCCCAAAGUA